UUUGUGCCAUAUGGCUGUCCUGAGGCCUCCCGAAACGCGUACAUAGAAGCCUUCGUGGACAUUUCGUCUCGAGCAAAUUUGGUUCAGUCGAGAAAAUUGCGACGCUGGCCUCGUGAUCCAAUUUGCAAUCCCCAGAGGCGCGCGGUUACCGAUGGCCAAAUCAAUCGUCAUGGAGUUCGCAGCCGUCCUUUGCGCGGCCUUGGUCAGUUGCGUGAUCGGCGAAAACAGCGACUGCGACUGCAUGACGGAGUGGACCUACGAUGGCGAUGCCGACGGGGUUAUGGAGGCGUACGAGGGCUGCAGCCCCACGGCGGAUUGGAACCAGAGCUGGUGCUACGUGCAGGGCGGUUCCAAUUGCAACCAAGCCCAGAACUCCACCGUGGCCGGCGAGACGCGCAAGUGGCGCGAGUGCGGCUCCUGCAACUGCAUGACGGAGUGGAACUACGAUGGCGAUGCCGACGGGGUUAUGGGUCGUACGAGGGCUGCAGCGCCACAGCGGACUGGAACCAGAGCUGGUGCUACGUACAGGGCGGUUCCAAUUGCAACCAAGCCCAGAACUCCACCGUGGCCGGCGAGACGCGCAAGUGGCGCGAAUGCGGCUCCUGCAACUGCAUGACGGAGUGGAACUACGAUGGCGAUGCCGACGGGGUUAUGGAGUCGUACGAGGGCUGCAGCGCCACGGCGGACUGGGACCAGAGCUGGUGCUACGUGCAGGGCGGUUCCAACUGCAACCAGGCCCUUGCGGCUCCUGCAACUGCAUGACGGAGUGGAACUACGAUGGCGAUGGCGACGGGGUUAUGGAGGCGUACGAGGGCUGCAGCGCCACGGCGGACUGGGACCAGAGCUGGUGCUACGUGCAGGUGCGGCUCCUGCAACUGCAUGACGGAGUGGAACUACGAUGGCGAUGCCGACGGGGUUAUGGAGUCGUACGAGGGCUGCAGCGCCACGGCCGACUGGCCUUGGACUCCACCGUGGCCGGCGAGACGCGCAAGUGGCUUGAAUGCACCCCGUCGACCCCCUCGCCGACGCCGGCGCCGGACAUCGAGAGUGCCUCAGGCGUUGGAGAGCCGACCAUGACCGCAGCCAUCAUCGCUGUUAUUCUUUCGACCGCCUGUGCGUGAGGCUGGGGCGCAGAGAUAAUUAUGUGGCAGAGCUUGGGGGGGGUCAUGACCCCUGCGUAUGGGGCGGCCAUCUAGUACUUGACCAUGGGAUUAUAGUUCGAGCUGGACAGAGUUCUGUUCUGACUGGAGAGUCCGCUCCUGCUGCCCAGUGUCUUCUGCGUUCCAACGGCCGCUUCCCAUGUUGCCUUCCAAUUUUGCUUGAGAUCUGUGGGGAGGGCGACGGGGGGGGGAGGAUCCAGCGAGUCCUUUUCGAGGCUCGAAGCUUCGAACCAGUUCUGGGUUUUAAUUUUGACUUUGAAAGCGCCGCGAGCCGCGAACUUGCUGUUGCGCAGCUGCGCUGUUGCAGCCCGCGUGAGGCCCACGCGAGGACUUUUGUCUGGGCUGGCUGGUUCAUUGUUUGUCUCAUUGCCUGCUGCUCCUCAUCCUUUGCCCCUCGUUAUUGUCCUUACCCCCCGUUUCCUCUCCGCUCCCUCCUGAUCCUCUCCAUCUUCUUCAUUCUACCAAUGCCAUGCCCGCCAGCAUGCAACGCGCAUUUAAGAUAGUUUAAGCGCGUGCGAGCCGCACACAUGCCCUGGUACGGGAUGACGCUGAAAAUGAUGCUGAGGGUGCUGG